UUUAUUCUGGCACGAGCCCCUUCCCGUACCUACCCUACACUACGUAAGACUGAACGUGACUUUCCUAUUUGCUGAUAUUUUUUCUGUCCUCAUCAUGCCCCGUUGCCAAACAAAAAAGCCACGUUGACGAUCUGGACUGAAGUCGACUGCUGCUGUUUUUCCCAGAAAAUAGAUCUAAACGAGCGUUUUUCACUCUUCCGAAAUAUAUAAAUUAGAUUACAGAUGUCUUCGCCUCCGAAGGAAAAAAUCGAGACCAAAGGAGGACAUCUCCCGGCUGUGAAGGCAGGGGGGAUGAGGAUCGUGCAGAAGCACCAGGGAGCAGCUCCACCUGAGCCACCUCCUGUCAAGGACAAGGACGACGAGGAGUUUGUGGAGGAGCCUAGCCCACCAAAGCCCACUGUGGUCGUGUCAGGAGUGGUUACAAAGGGUGAUAAGGACUUCACCCCGGCGGCAGCCCAGGUAGCUCACCAGAAGCCCCAGCCAUCUGUCACCAAGAUGCCCCAGAACCAGCACCUCACCCAACAAAUCCAUCAGCCCCGCAAGUGAGGCUACCGCCAAGCUUACCUUCCCUCCGCUAACUCUGCUACAGUUGGCCCCACAAGGCGCCAGCAAUCUUCCCAGACACAGCUCUACGGUCAGUUUUGUGUUUACCCCCUCCAAUGGUUAAGUAAGGAUUUGAGGAGGCGAAACUGAUCCUAAAUCUGUGACUAAGGGCAAGCCAAUGCAACGCAUCAUCAAUGAACCACAUCAGCCAACCUAUCACAGCAGCCUACCGACCAACACAACAACCACAAACCAAUCAAAGAACUGGACAACCAAUCAAUUAAGCAUGCAACCAAUUACCAUAAGUGCUCAGGUUAUCAGGGAAUCCCCUGUUAAGCAUUCCAUGUGAUCCCACUCUCCUCCUACUUGGGUUAUUAUACUGAACAGAAAUAUAUAAAUGCAACAAUUUCAAAAAUGUACUGAGUUCAUAACACUCAGCAAAAAAAGAAACGUCCUCGCACGGUCAAAUGCGUUUAUUUUCAGCAAACUUAACAUGUGUAAAUAUUUGUCAGGACAUAACAAGAUUCAACAACUGAGACAUAAACUGAACAAGUUCCACAGAUGUGACUAACAGAAAUGGAAUAAUGUGUCCCUGAACAAGGGGAGGUCAAAAGUAACAGUCAGUAUCUGGUGUGGCCACCAGCUGCAUUAAGUACUGCAGUGCACCUCCUCCUCAUGGACUGCACCAGAUUUGCCAGUUCUUGCUAUGAGAUGUUACCCCACUCUUUCACGAAGGCAACUGCAAGUUUCCAGACAUUUCUGUGGGGGAAUGGCCCUAGCCCUCACCCUCCGAUCCAACAGGUCCCAGACGUGCUCAAUGGGAUUGAGAUCCAGGCUCUUCACUGGCCAUGGCUGUCUUGCAGGAAAUCACGCACAGAACGAGCAGUAUGGCUGGUGGCAUUGUCAUGUCAAGGUGAGCCUGCAGGAAGGGUACCACAUGAGGGAGGAGGAUGUCUUCCCUGUAGCGCACAGCAUUGAGAAUGCCUGCAAUGACAACAAGCUCAGUCCGAUGAUGCUGUGACACACCGCCCCAGACCAUGACAGACCCUCUACCUCCAAAUCGAACCCUCUCCAGAGCAUAGGCCUCGGUGUAACGCUCAUUCCUUCGAUGAUAAACGCAAAUCCGACCAUCUCUGGUGAGACAAGACCGCGACUCGUCAGUGAGCACUUUUUGUCAGUCCUGUCUGUUCCAGCGACGGUGGGUUUGUGCUCAUAGGCAACGUUGUUUCUGGUGAGGACCUGCCUUACAACAGGCCUAUAAGACCUGUCAAGCCUCUCUCAGCCUAUUGCGGACAGGCAGCACUGACGGAGGGAUUGUGCAUUCCUGGUGUAACUCUGGCAGUUGUUGUUGCCAUCCUGUACCUGUCCCGCAGGUGUGAUGUUCGGAUGUACCGAUCCUGCGCAGGUGUUGUUACACGUGGUCUGCCACUGCGAGGACGAUCAGCUGUCCGUCCUGUCUCCCUGUAGCGCUGUCUUAGGCAUCUCACAGUACGGACAUUGCAAUUUAUUGCCCUGGACACAUCUGCAGUCCUCAUGCCUCCUUGCAGCAUGCCUAAGGCACGUCCACGCAGAUGAGCAGGGACCCUGGGCAUCUUUUUUUUUGUGUGUGUUUUUCAGAGUCAGUAGAAAGGCCUCUUAGUGUCCUAAAUGUUUAUGUCUCUGACCUUAAUUGCCUAUGGUCUGUAAGCUGUUAGUGUCUUAGCGACCGUUCCACAGGUGCAUGUUCAUUAAUUAUGGCUCAUUGAGCAAGCAUGGUGAAACGGUGUUUAAACCCUUUACAAGGAAGAUCUGUGAAGUUAUUUGGAUUUUUACGAAUCCUCUUUGAAAGACAGGGUCCUGAAAAAAGGACUUCUUUUUUUGCUGAGUUUAUAUAAUCAUCAGUCAAUGGAAAUAAAUAAAUUAGGACCUAAUCUAUGGAUUUCACAUGACUGGGAAGGGGUUUAGCCAUGGGUAGCCAGGCCCAGCCACUGGGGAGCCAGGCCCAGCCACUGGGGAGCCAGGCCCAGCCAAUCUGAAUGAGAUUUUCCCACACACAGGCUUUAUUACAGUCCAGAAAUACUCCUCAGCUCCCCCCAGGCGAAGAAGCCGGGUGUGGAGGUCCUGGGCAGGAGUGGUUACACGUGGUCUGCGGUUGUGAGGACGGUUGGACAGAUUGCCAAAUUGUCUAAAACAACAUUGAAGGCAGUUUAUGGUAUGAGAAAUGAACAUCCAAUUCUCUGGCAACCGCUCUGGUGGAUAUUCCUGCAGUCAGCAUGCCAAUGUCACGCUCCCUAAAAACUAGAGACAUCUGUGGCAUUGUGUUGUGUGACAACUGCACAUUUUAAAGUGGCCUUUUAUUGUCCCCAGCACAAGGUGCACCUGUGUAAUGAUCAGGCUGUUUGAUCAGCUUCUUGAUAUGCCACCCCUGUCUGGUGGAUGCAUUAUCUUGGUAAAGGAGAAAAAUGCUCACUAACAGGGGUGGAAACACAGUUUUGCACAAAAUAUGAGAGAAAUAAGGUUUUUGUGCAUAUGGAACAUUUCUGAGAUUUUAUUUUUUUAGCUAAUGAAUCAUAGGACCAAAACUUUACAUGUUGCGUUUGUAUUUUUGUUCAGUGUAGUUCUAAGGGAAAUGUCAUAGACCAUACACACAAUCCUCCUUCAUUUCAAGUGUGGUUAUUGUCAACACCUCAUUUCAGGGUUCCAGGGAAAUACAUUUAGGCAAGAAGGAGUAAUUUCCUAAGUUUAUUUAAUAAAGUUUAAAAUUAUAUAUUUUUUAUUUUACUCAGUUUGUUUCUUGAGUAAAGUCCUUAGUCAGUGAGUGGACUUAAGCAAUAGGUGUGGUUGUCAUGAAUAAAGAUUUAACUUUAAAA